AUGGGCGGUAGAGCCGGGGCGGAGGAACUGGUCGGAGCCGGGCGAGAGGAGGAGGAGGAGUGGUCGGUGGGCCUGGAGCUGCACGAUGAGACGUUCGGCAGCGGCGGGAGCGUGUCUCUGGGCCUGGUGUCGCCCGCCCCGGCGGCGGUCCCCGACAGAGGAGCGGACGGAGGUAUCUACGACCCCCACGCCUGCUCCGCGCGCAUGACGCCUACGAGCAGCAGUUCUUCCCUCUCGCGUCUCUGCUGGGGCAGCGGCGGAACCGGCGAUAGCGCGGGCGGCGGGGGAAGAGACGUUACCCGUGGGGGGAGGCCACGCCGCCACACGCGGCGAGAUCACGUGGACAUGCUGAGCCAGCUCGAGGCGGAGGGGGUGUUCGCCGCGGACGACAGCUACUCGCCCUGCGGCGGCGGUGGUGGCAGCCGCGGAGGCGGCGGCAUGGGCGGGGUCGCGUUUUCGCCGGAGGCGAGAUCGAUGUUCGGGGGCGAUGGCGAAUCGAGCCGGCCGGGUGGUUGUAGAGAAGAGCUUCUCACUCUAACGGCUAUCAAGCAGGAGGAGGAGGAGGGAGGGAGCGUGCCCUGUGAGAUGCCGUUGCUUCUGUCGAGCGAGGUGAAGCAAGAGCUGUCCGAAGACAAGCCCUUGGUAAGCGCUGCGGCGGCGGCGGCGGCAGCGGUUGCGGCGGCAGCAGCAGCAGAGCCACAGGCAACAACAGCAGGGGGGGCGCUUUGUUCUGGUGGCACGGCCCCGCUAGUGGAAAAAACGGUCACGAAAGAAGCAGCGGCGGCGGUGACGCCGCCGUCUAGCGAGCCGGAGACGGCUCGUGCCGCGGUUGCCCCAGAUCCGAAUCCUGCGGCAGCAGCAGCGGAAGAAGCAGCAGCCGUGUCGGGGGAAUCAACAACGGCCACCGGUCCUUUCGCUCGGCCAAAGAGUGAGCCGGUUCCGGCUCCCGCCCCAGUGGGGGCGAGUUUAGCCGGCGCCGCGGUCUACUCCGCUGCUGCCGUCCCUGACAACGCUGCAAGGACCGCCUCCUCUGAGCCUCGCAGAAGCGACCCCGGCGAGCCGCGAGUGUCGACCGAAGCUACUCGCGCAGCGGCAAUGUCGUCGACGGCGGCGGCGGCAGCGGCAGCACCAGGGGCGGCGGGAGAAGGCGCCCCGACCGCCCCGGUGUUCUUCUCCGCCGAGGACGUAGGCGUAGGCGUAGGUGCCACCGGCGAGGGCCUGAGCAGGCCAUGCGAGGAGGGAUACGAGAAAUCGCGGGAUGUGACAGGUGCAAUACGACGGUGUCGUGACCGAUUUGGCGAUGCGGUGCUCGUUGAGCCGAUUCUCCAGGAGGUCGUGCCGCGUCACCACCGAGCUAUUUCAGAACAAUUUUUUAACCCAAUCGAGGAGAGCUCUCGGGGAAGCGAUCUUCAAACGAAGCCCGAAGCGUGGCUGCUGGUGAGGCAGGAGUGCCCGACAUGCCACAAGAUGCAAAUACCUCGCGUGGACAUCUUAAAUCCCACCAAUAACGUCGAGAGUCACAUCGCGUUUCUGACGGAGAAUGCUUCUGACGGCGACGGCAGCUGCAUGGACUGGGACGGGGAAACGAGCGACGACAACUCUGGCGACGAGUACUCGGGGGACGAGCGGCAAGGGUUUUCCGCGGGAGGAAGCAUGUCGGGCGGCGACGGCAGCGGACUUGGAACUAUUCUGGACUCGGACCAGGCCGCGAAGCUGCUGGUGCUUAUGUGCCACGCCCGGCACUGCCCGGGGAAUCACCGCUCCGCUAGGCUGGCGGAGGUGUGCCGAAGCGUCAAGUUUCUGAUGCUGCACUUGCGAGAUUGCGACGGGAAGACCAGGAACGGAGACCCCUGUCCGAUGCCGUGGUGCGAGCCUUGCACGUCUCUCCUGCAUCACCUCAUCCAGUGCCCGGAGUCGACGGGAUGUAAGGUUUGCGAUCCUGAACACCUCCCACCGCCGCUGCAACAGCUGCGCGCCCUUAACCGAUCCUCAUCCACGCUCGCCACUGCGCAGCCGCAGCCGCAGCAGCAGCAGCAGCAGCAGCAGCAGCAGCAACGACAACAACCGCCGCCGCCGCCGCCGCCGCCACCAACACAACCACAGCAACAAUAAUAGAGUCGAGGUUUCAGCUCUCCUGCUACGCAGUAAUGGUAGCAAACCCAGGGCCGCUGGUUGCACUGGCGACACAGUCAUGGCUAUGGCGGCGGCGCAAGCAACGGCGACGAACACAAGACUUUCGGGCCUUGCAGAGCUCGCGCAACGCCCAACAGCAGUCGGCUAAGCGUUUUCUUUGCCCGUGCCUAGCUCAGCUCGUUAACGACGACGACGACGACCAACGAGCAGAUGCAUCCAGCAGCAGGGACGAAGCGGCAAGUUUGCUUUUUUUUGUCGCCUUUUUUUUAUUUGUGGCGUCUUGCUUCGCGCUUGAGAGUCGAGUGGGCACUUGUCUCUGUAAAUCAGCUCACGUCGAUUUGCACACUACGUGCGUGAAGGGGUACAGAUUGUUUUUGGUGCAUCGCAUAUCACACCCUGGAAUGAUAUAUGGAUGGUGGUGAUAUUUUGUAGUGUCUGUAUUUUUUUUCUUGGUGUUUCUUGCUGUCCGUAGACGGCCGCCCAAACCAAAGCGAUCAUUGGUUCCGGUCCUUGGCAAAGCUUUGCUGUUGUCAUUUUUGUCGAUUACUCUCCGUAUGUCUUUUUUUGUGAGACGACGUUAAACAGCGUAUCUGCGCACAUCGGAUACGUGGACUAGCUGUGCUUGUGCGGUUUUGCACCGCCGCGUGGUGAAUAAACAUCCUUCCUAAUUGCGGCGACUUCGGAUGAAUGCGCUCUGCUCAGUAACCCUGUCCGGGUCUACCAUCUGCUACGAAAUUUAGACGCUUUUGGCUUGGUUGCAAAUUUGAGUGGAGAAAACACAACAAUAUAGCAGUAUGUUACGUCAUUCCUGCUGCUAUUUUGGUUUUUAGGGACGUAAAGGAACAUGCAUGCCAUUUUUUGUAGGCUCGCACGAAAGGUGUUGGCGUUCGUUCGGAGUUCGAUGACGUCACACCACAGCAGGGACGGCACAAGUCUCCGGAGCGCACGGUAUUGAGGCAGGAAACACGCCGGUGGUCACCAUGCAUCCUACAAGUGUAUAUGAACGGCAAACGAGUACUAUGGUCAGCAUUGAAGGCCACUUGUUACGCU